GGAAUCUGAGGAUCUGUUAUUCGGAGACGGCUUCGAUGGUGUCCAGGAAAUAUCUGAAUCUGCCGUCAAAGCGACAGAGACUCCCUCGGCCGGUGGGAGGCUCACCCCAGCGGAACGUCUCAAGAGGUUUAAUGACCUACGCCAAUUCGUCUCAGACAGAAUUGGAAUGAAGCCGGCCGCCAAACUACCUCCUGUGCGCAAUACAGCAUGGCAACACCUAUUCGGUCUGGCUACAACCAAGGAGCAGAUGGGCGAAGUUGUAGAGCUGUUUCCCCGAUGGAGAGACUCGAAACGACAGUUUGAUGCAACGAACGUAGAGGCCUUUAUUCGUCGCUGCGAAGAGUUGCACUGCCCAGACCUCGCGCUGAAAGUCUUCAGCGACCACCCCAAGUAUGGCAUCGACCUCUGCUCUUUGCCAGCAGCUCGCCGCCUCUUGCACUCCCUGCACGUCGAGCAUCCACUGCAGGAUGCCAUUCUGCUCGCAGCCCUCUUCAGUGUCUAUAACCUGCCGCCCAUAUCCUCCGACCUCGUCUCCUGCGCAAUGCUCACGUCCGCAUGCUUCAAACACGGCUCGCCCCAAUCGCUGACCAUUGCGCGCGAGAUGGUACCUCACCUUAAGGACAUGCUGCAGAAGGUCAAACCACAAAAAAUGACUCUCGCGACUGAGCCUGUGGAGCGCGCAAAGGACUCGGCGAAGGAAAAGGCAUGGCUGGCGUGGACGCUGAAUAAGAUAGAGAAGGCAUUGAAAAAGGACGGCGCAGACUACGCGUGGCUACAUCAAUGGCGCAUGGAUAGUGGGCACAUCCAGCUUGCUCCAUGA